CGGCGGCAUGAGGCGCUGGGCCGGUGUCCGCGGGAGGGAGGUGCUGCCGGCGGCCCGGUCGCUCCCGCUGCAACUGUUCGCCGGCUCGCUGUGCCCUGCCAGCUGGGCCUCUGCUGCCCUCGUCUCGGCCGCCUCCCGGGCCGCUGCUGGUGACCACUCGCCGCGCCGCCGGAGGCUUCACCCGCGCCCUCCCUCAGGACGCGCCCGCGGAGCUCGGGCCCCCUCGCCCCGGACGCGGAGGCCGCGCUGCGCGGGGCGGCGGCGAGGCCGGAAGAUGGCCUGGGUGCUCAAGAUGGACGAGGUGAUCGAGUCCGGGCUGGUGCACGACUUCGACGCCAGCCUCUCGGGGAUCGGGCAGGAGCUGGGCGCCGGCGCCUACAGCAUGAGUGAUGUAUUGGCAUUGCCCAUUUUCAAGCAGGAAGACUCCAGCCUUCCACUGGAUGGUGAAACAAAACACCCUCCAUUUCAGUAUGUGAUGUGUGCUGCAACCUCGCCGGCAGUCAAGCUGCAUGAUGAGACACUCACUUACCUGAACCAAGGCCAGUCUUAUGAAAUUCGGAUGUUGGAUAAUCGGAAAAUGGGAGAUAUGCCAGAGAUCAGUGGAAAAUUGGUAAAGAGCAUCAUAAGGGUUGUAUUCCACGACAGAAGGCUGCAGUACACAGAGCAUCAGCAACUUGAAGGCUGGAAAUGGAAUCGCCCAGGAGAUAGACUGCUUGAUUUAGAUAUUCCAAUGUCUGUGGGGAUAAUUGAUACAAGGACAAAUCCAAGCCAGUUAAAUGCGGUUGAAUUUCUGUGGGACCCUGCAAAACGCACAUCUGCUUUCAUUCAGGUACACUGCAUCAGCACAGAAUUUACUCCACGGAAGCAUGGAGGUGAAAAGGGAGUGCCUUUUAGGAUUCAGGUUGACACCUUUAAGCAGAAUGAAAAUGGGGAAUACACAGAUCAUCUUCACUCGGCUAGCUGCCAAAUCAAGGUUUUUAAGCCCAAAGGUGCAGAUAGGAAACAAAAAACUGACCGAGAAAAGAUGGAAAAGAGAACAGCUCAUGAAAAGGAAAAGUAUCAGCCAUCGUAUGAUACUACCAUCCUCACAGAGAUGAGGCUUGAGCCUAUAAUUGAAGAUGCAGUUGAACAUGAGCAGAAAAAGUCCAGCAAGCGGACUUUGCCAGCAGACUACGGUGAUUCUCUGGCAAAGCGAGGCAGUUGUUCUCCAUGGCCUGAUACUCCUACAGCCUAUGUGAAUAACAGCCCUUCCCCAGCGCCCACUUUCACUUCUUCCCAGCAGAGCACUUGCAGUGUGCCAGACAGCAAUUCUUCUUCCCCAAAUCAUCAGGGAGAUGGAGUUUCACAGGUGUCUAGUGAACAAAUUCAGCCUUCAGCUACAACCCAGGAAACACAGCAGUGGCUUCUCAAAAACAGAUUUUCUUCCUACACAAGACUGUUUUCUAAUUUUUCAGGUGCCGACUUACUAAAAUUGACAAAGGAGGAUUUAGUUCAGAUUUGUGGUGCAGCCGAUGGAAUUCGGCUCUAUAAUUCACUGAAGUCAAGGUCAGUUAGGCCACGUUUAACCAUCUAUGUCUGCCAGGAGCGGCCCAGCAGCACACCGCUGCAAGGGCAGCAGCAGGCUGCAGGCAGUGGAGGCGAGAGUGGCAGUGGGACACCUUACGUUUAUCAUGCAAUCUACCUGGAAGAAAUGGUUGCCUCAGAAGUUGCUCGAAAACUUGCGUUGGUGUUUAAUAUUCCUUUCCAUCAAAUUAACCAGGUUUACAGACAGGGUCCCACUGGUAUUCACAUUCUUGUUAGUGAUCAGAUGGUUCAGAACUUUCAAGAUGAGAGUUGUUUUUUAUUCUCCACAGUAAAAGCUGAAAAUAAUGAUGGUAUCCACAUAAUCUUGAAGUGAUCUUUUACAUAGACUGAACUAUAUUCAGUACCAAAUAAAGUCACGCUUAAAUGUGUGUGAAGACUGAAUCCAAGAAGUCUUGGGAUUGGAUUUUACCAAAUGAAAUGUUUCAUAUUGAAAACACAAGAUGACCUUUCUUAUGAGCUGAUAUUCGAGGCGGACCUCCUCCCCGUCACAGCCAAAGCCCAGCAUCCUCAUGUGAGCGAGCGCAUUGGGCAGCUGCACCUGGCUCUGGAGGCCGCGCCUUGCAGGCACAAGCUUUGCGCUUCCGACAGAGGCCAGUCCAUGUGGUUCCCAGAAGCUGCCGUUGCUGGCUCUUUACACUGUAUGCGGUUUGGAAAUGAUGAAUGUAAACACUGUGGGCAUUUACUUUCUGUGCCAGUUUGGCUUAUAUUGCCUAAACCUUACGCAGACCUGGGGAGGAGAUAGGGGACGGUGCUGUUUGUGGAGCCAUGAUGGAAACUGCAGAGAGAGAUGCUGUGCUGGUGUGGCCACUGGUGGUCAGGUAAGCGGCUCAGCACCUUCUUGGAAGGAAUCAUGUCUUAAGAGAGUACAUCUGACGCAGUCAUGACAGACCAGGGACAACCCAAGCCAGGAAGAUGGGCUUGAAGCAAACUGCAUUAUCAGGAGUACCUUGGUAAGAGGAUCAGAGUAAAUCCUAAUAGGUACAAAGACUUGUAUUUUUGCUGUUGAAACACUUUUUUUCUGCUUCCAAAAGCAUUUUAGUUUCUGGUUUUCAUACCACUCUUGUGGUUUUCUUUCUCAUUUUCCUCCCCUUCUCCAUCUAUCCCUUCCUAUUCUUAAGCAUUUUUAAAAUCCCUACCCCAGAUGUUAGAUAUUGGUGACAUAAAAAGAGGAACCAACGUGUUAUUGUUGAUGGUUUCUUUCUGACUUGGUGUUAAGGGAUAUGUAUUAUGAAUGAGAUGAAAUUAUCCAUGAAAACACUAGUAUCAUGAACGCUAAAAUUACCAUAGAAAUCCCUUUUUCUCACCUCAAAUAAUGAGCUUCAGUACAAUCAUGGAUAAACAUUCUGGUGAUAUAGGGGCUUGUAAUACACCAAAUAAUGUUUCUUUUCUGUAAAAUAGUGUCUCAAAAAAUCAAAUGUGUCUGCUAGCACACUUUCAUCCAAAGGGAAUCUAUACUGUUUCCACUUUUUCUUCCUACUGUCUGUAUCUCCUUGACCCAAAGUGUCCUAGAGUUCAUCAGAAAGCAUUUUUUUAAUGACUGUGGUAUAUCAAGCCUGAAUUUUCUUUCUUUUUUUUAUUUAAAAAAAAAAUCCCUUUUAUUCCAUUUUAAUUCUAGCAUCUUUAUCCACUUACUCAGCAGUUUUAGCUUUGGACGAACUAUUUGAUCCUCCACUUUGCUCAGAUGGAUGUCAGAAUGAUUAAGUUUGGAUUCUGUUCCAGGUGACAAAGCUUCAGAGGGUAAACACUUGGUUAGUUUAUUCAUAAAGGUGGCUAAUUCUACAAAGAAGCAUUGUCUUUAGUCAGGUUUGGAAAUACCUGUGACUCCUCUGGACCUGUAAGGGAAGAGCUUGCCUUUUGUCCUCCCUUUGCUUUUGUGUGACCACGUUUUCUGUAAGUCACUUGGGAAAGAAGUGAACUUCUCUCAAUCGUUUUAGAAAGUUUGCUUGUCUAUUUAGCAUUCCUUUUUGGGACUCAUGAUUUAUGGAACAGUAAAUGUCAUUUGAUGCUGUGUGCUAUUUUGAAGUCCUCAUCAGGUUUUAGACGUGGGGUAAAAAUACAAGCUCAUCAGACUUGAAAUUACACCCAGUGGCAUUAGAACAUUAUAGUCUGUCCAGAAAAACAGGUUAAAUUAUGGCACCAGCAAAUUUGCUACUUUGUUUUUUUAAUAGUAGGAUGUACACAUUUCGGUAUAAUAAAUGUUUUCCGAUUGUUUUGCAAAUUGUGUCUGUCAUUUAAAAUCUGAGUUCUUGCUUUGUGUCAGAAUCAAGGAAUUCCCUAUGUGUGCCCCUUGCCUGUCCCAGUCCAGAUGGUAUAAGAGAUGAGGCACCAAUGGUUUUCCCUUUUUUCAAAGCUUUAUAAUAUAAGCAAGGAUAGGUUUUUCUAGGAGCUGUUCUAUACUUAAGGAGGGGUUUUUUUAAUAAGAGAUUUUCCUAUUUUGUAAAUGAGGUCAUGGGUCAUUGGCAUGAAGUCCAGUAGCUGUAAUAGGUUGUUUCCUAGCUCAGAGAGAUUAGAUGAUUCUGGACAUGGAUUUUUUUUUUUUUUUAAAGUAGAAACAAAUUCGUAGUCAUUGCUUAUUAGUCACCUUCCAAUCCCCAACAGUGGUAUAAACAUUUGUUUAAAGAGCUGUGAUUUUCAUCCAAGUUUUAAGAUCACAACACUAGAGCAUAUGAGAAAGCAAUAAAGGUAGACCUCUAAUGAUUAGUGAUAAUAUUGCUAGGUCAUUGUAUGGAGGUAUUUGCCUUCUCCAGCUAGCAUGCAGCUAGAGUGUGUCCUUAAAAUGCUUCUAGAACUGCCCCUAAAGUUAAAACAUCUUGCUUUUGUUGUUUUACUUCUUAUAAGAGUUUUGAGCCCUUCAGUUGGGUCAUGGUUGCUAGCAUGGUCAGCCGCUAUUAACACAGAGUUCAACAAGGAUGGUGAUGGCUUCCUCAAGUUGAGUAAAGGUCACAGAUGCGGACAGGACCAGGCAAGACUCAGCCACAGUAGAUAACAGACCAUCUCACAACAUUGGGAAGGCCUGAACUUGGAAAGUCGCUUUGCUCAGAGUUGUCUGCUGUAAGAUCAUAGCAAUAAAGCCGCUGAAUUAAUUCUAUUACACUACAGUAAUUUACACUACAAGUCUUAACAGGUGCCAACACUUCACUGAUCUGAGUUUUAAGUGUGUAAAACUUUUAAAUAGUUUUGGUGUAAC